AUGUUUAAAUUGAUAAUUGUUGCUUUAUUUGUUCAUGAAAUUGCGGCUUUUUGCCCAAAUGGAUGGUUCGAGGUGCCACAGGAGAAUAGUUGUUUACGAGUCGAAGAUCAAGAAACCUCAUACACUCAAGCGAUUCGCUCCUGUGAGAAAUCGGGAGGUGACAUUGUCAAGAUCACAGACGCUUUCUUUAACGCCCUUGUCACAGCUCAAGGACUUUCUGCUCUGAACAAUCGUCUGAUUUACAUCGGUGUCGAGAAGUUGCCCGAUGGAACUUGGAUCUACGCUGAUGGAUCCUUUCUAAGCUAUCAGAAAUGGAAAUCAGGUGAACCAAAUAGCGCGUACGGUUGUGCGGUGCUUGAUCCAAGGUCGGGAAGUUGGCAAUCACAGAGCUGUGACACGGCGUCACCGUAUGUUUGCCAGAUGCCAGUGCAAGCCAACCCAACUGGACCAUCGACAACGACAGCCCCCAAUUGCAAAGAUGGAUGGAAAGCAUUCAACGGAUAUUGUUAUUUUGUGCAAAAUUUCACUCUUGGUAGUGAUGGCCUCUGGGCUUCGUGGACUCCAGAUGACGCUCAAGAGCAAUGCCAAAUGCGAGCUUCAAGUUUAGCCUCAAUACAUUCCGAUGCAGAAAACAGCUUUGUUAAUGACUUAGUGGCCUCGUAUAACGUUUUGGAUCAAACGCAGCACGUGCCGAGCGGGACGGGAUCCUGUGGGUACGCUGAGGCGUGGAUUGGACUACGAGCCUACCCUGACAACACAACUUCAUGGGUGGAUGGGACUCCAGUUGACUAUUCACAUCACGUCUAUUUUCCAAUCAACGACGAGACAAUGGCUUUUGGGAUUAUGAAAAGGAAAGAGAAACGAGAAAAUGAUGAGGGAUCGACUUCAAAAGGAGAAAAAGAAGCACAACCACCGAUUAAAAAGGGAAGAAAAACGAGAAAUGGACCUGAAAAGGAUGUAAAAGAAGAGGGCUUUGACGCGAAGGACUACAAAAGCUCGUAUUUGCUACCGUUGACAAAACUAAACGAUCACAUCACCUGUCGGCUAUGCAAGGGGUAUUUCGUUGACGCAACGACGGUCAUCGAAUGUCUGCACACCUUUUGCAAAUCUUGUUUACUGAAACAUUUUGAAGAAGUGAACAACAAUUGCCCACAAUGCGGUGAAUUGAUUCACCAAUCUCAUCCCUCUCACUAUGUGGCCUUUGACAGAACACUGCAGGAUAUCGUUUAUCGGCUUGUACCCGGCAUGUUUGCUGAGGAGAAAAAGCGAAGAUUUGACUUUAUUCGACGGAAGAAUAAAAAGGAGGGAAUUGUUGAGGAGCCGGAGAGUGGGAAGAAAAAGGAUGAACCAACUGUCGGCGCUUACAAUAAAUGCUUCGAGGGCAAAGCAAUUCUAUCACAUCAUCGAGAUGGAAAUCAGACUGUGGUGGAAUUGUCGCCAGGCGAAGGCUUAGCCAAAGCUGCUCGAAACAUCAUCCGAUUAUCAUCAUUGGCUACGAUAAACACUUUGAAAAGAUAUUUGGCAAUGUGUUUAUGGAAAGAUGUGAGUCGAUAUCAAGAAUUGGACAUCUUUUGCAAUAACGAAUUGAUGGGGAAAGAUUUCUCGAUGCAAUUCAUUCGAAUGACCAGAUGGCGGCAAAGAGCAUCCGAUUGUCCAUUGGAGCUUGAGUAUCGACUACAUUUGGACUAU